GACCCGACCCGGCCUCUCGCCGCAGGCGCAGCGAUAGCCAGUCCGCACGCACCCGCACCCGAACCUCCGCUGAUCCGAUCCCCAAAUCCCCGCCGUGUUCGCCUUCCCCGUCUUCUCUUCUCCGGCCCAAAUUGACCCAGCCAGAGCUCCGAUCCGGUGAAUUCCAUCCGCAGGGCGUGACCUCGUCGUCGGCGCCGUCUCGCCCGACCCCGCCUUUUUUUUUUCCUCCGCCCGCUCGUGGUUCGCCGGAAUCCGCCAAGUUGGAUCCCGAGGAGACGUCGUAGGCGUUGCGGCGCACCGGCGAGGAUUACGAUGCCUGCGGUGCUCGCCGCGUUCCCCAGCCUCCGCGCGGCCCGCGCCAUAGCCUCCGCCGAGUCCCCAGCCUCCUUCCCUUGCUCCCACCGCCUCAAGCUCUCGUCGUCCCAUCGUUUUAGUAGUAGUAGUAUUGGUAGUAGUAGUAAUUGUCUUUGACGUUUGCCUCCCCCUCGUCGCCCACGGCCUUCGAUCCUCUUUGCCUCGCGUCGUCUCCUUCGCGUUGUCUGGUUCGAUUUUGGUUGUGCUCGUUCUGAGGCUUUUGUGUUUGUGAGGGUUUGGUGCUUGAUCUCCGUCUUCCCUGGUUGCGGAAGUCUGGUGUCUGGGUUUGAUCCGCAAGUUCCAUCCGGUUGCUCCGACGACAGAGAGAGUUCUCUUCUGAACUUGGGAUUAAGCUUGUGGAUGGGCGGACCUUUGGUUAACUCCAGUGCCAAAGGUGUUGGCAGGAGCUUAUGUCUCUGCCGUGGCACCUGUGAAAAAGCAGGUUUUGAGCACAGCUCUUGUGCUUGCUCUGAAGAGGAAAAGUUUGAAGCUGGAAUAGCUUUUGCGCAAGAUGAUUCGGUUGUCAAGGAAAUUGGAGCUUCUCUUGCUGAAGUGAUGCAUGUCUAUGAUGACAACAAUGAUGAAGGGACAGAUUCAAGUGAAGACUAUGAUGAAAAUGAGGAUUCACCUCUUUCUCUGGAAUCAGAUUCUACUGAUGACUUGGUGGAUAUUGAUACUGAACUGAUCACAUCGUCAGCCUUCCCUGUUGGUAGUGCACCUGAAUCAUCAAUUGGGAAAUCAGUGGAUGGAAAUUCUUCAACAAAUGGAACUCCGUUGCUGGUUUCUGCAAUGAAAGGAAGCCGUGCAAAGCGGGGUAUCGUCACAGAGUUGAGUGUUUCAUGGGCCCCUGAUGUGUAUGAUCCUCCUGUUACUUCAGACUGUCACACUGUGAAGGUGCACCAGAGAAGUUCAAGGAAGAGCCACUACAAAUACAGGCCCCCAAAUGGCGGCAGCAGCCGCCGCAGUAGCAGUGGUGACAAAAAGGAUAAGAAGCAUUCUCAUCACAGCAGCAGCAGCAGCAGCAGAAGGGAUAAGAAACCUUCUUAUCGCAGUACCAAAAGCAGCAGCAGAAUUGACACAGGUGAUCCUCAGCAUGGCAAAGUAUAUGACAGCAGUAUCAGCAGCAGAACUGGUGAUCCUCAACAUUACGAGGUAUAUGGCAGCACUAUCAGCAGCAGAAUUGGCCCUAAUGUUCCUCAAUAUCAUAAAUUAUCUCCAUGGCUACCAGCGGACAGUACCUCACCGGAAGAGGCCAUGCCCGUACCUGUACUCAAGACCAUGGAACAGAUCAAGCGCAGUUCCAGCUGCUGCAAGGAGCCACCUUUAAGCAUGCUAUCGCGCCAAUUUGUGGCUGCCAAGUACAAAGGGAUGUUUUCUUUAUGGAGUCAGAACCAACUAGCUUCUUAAAGCAUAUUUGUUCAGCGCAGAGGCCUCUUAAUGUGUGCUACUCAUAAUAUUUUUGGACAUCACAAAAGCUUCACUUGUGGUUUAGUAUUGCCAUCUAAGUUGAACUGUCCUCUCCACUUUUAUUUCAAACAUUAGUGAUCACUGCUUUGAAAAUUGUCAGUUGAAGUAUGUGUGACCUUGAGCUUGUUAUUUAUUGAGCGUCUGUAUUUUCGUGUGUAUGUUAUAUGUGUAUACUUUGUCCGCUUGGAGUUCAUGGCAUUAUGAGUAGUAGUUUAGUUGAUUUC